AUGGCCGCCAAGUCGCUCAAGAUCAUGUUCCUGGGCGCGCCUGGCGCCGGCAAAGGCACGUACGCGUCCCGGAUUGCGCCUAUGCUGCAGAUCCCCACGAUUUCUACAGGCGACCUCGUGCGUCACGAGAUCACGACUGGCACGGCUCUGGGCGAGAAGAUUAAAGAGUUUAAUCACAGCGGCAAGCUCGUGCCCGACCAGAUCAUUCUCGACAUGAUGGAGAAGCGGUUAGGGCUAUUGGAUGCCCAGAGAGGGUUCAUUCUCGAUGGGUUCCCCCGCAACGUGUCGCAGGCCAAAGCGUUCCAGCUGGUGACGGCCCUGGACCUCGUGCUGAACAUUGAGCUCCCCCAGUGGAUCCUCAAGGACAAGAUCAGUGGCAGGAGGGUCUGUACCACAUGUGGCACUGGCUACAAUGUGGCGUUUAUUCAUCACGGAGAGUACUAUAUGCCUCCGUUGCUACCGAAAGUCGACGGAAUCUGCGACGUGUGUGGCACGCCGUCGCUCGUCCAACGAUCCGAUGACAAACCAGAGACAGUGGAACACAGAUUGGAGGUGUACAAGCAAGAGACAUUUCCGCUCGUCGAUUUCUACCGGAAAGAAGGCACGUUGAAGACGUUUAAAGUGAAGAAAGGACUGGCGGAUCUGGAUAAACUUGUGGACCUUAUUAAGAAGGAGCUGCAUGUGUAG